AUGGGGCAUUGGCCGCCUACGCUGGCCGGCGUGCCAUGGAGUGCCGCGGAUUGGACGUAUGUCGCAGAGGGCGCUGCGAACGUCAUUGUGCGGUAUACAGGACAACCCGUGUGGCCCUAUGUAAAUACGACGCCCGGCCCUGAGCAUGGCGCGGUGCUGGCGCUUCGUUUGCCCAAGAUGCGGUUUGACGUGUCGAGCACGAACGGAUACCCUCCUUUGGAUGCGUAUAUAGACAAGGUCCUCUCCCAACUGAUCCCGAAGGAGGCACUACCUACGCUACAAUGCAUCACUUUUACGCCUGGAACUUCAGCGUUGACCCCGUUCCUCGAGCAGCUUGCUGCGAACAUCGAACCCUUUCGACCAGAAGCACGCCGGGAAGCAGGCACAAUCGAUACAGCCCCCUCGUUUAUUUGGGCUAUGCGCGAUUGGAGCUACGCGCCGCCGCGGGACGGCGUGCCGCAGCUGCUCGUAGAGAUCAAGCCGAAGGCUGGCAUCGUGUGUAAUGGACCUACAAACGAUGAAAACAAGCGCAAGCAUACCAAGUAUCGCAUGCACCGUAUCCAGCGUGCUGCACCACACCAAGGAGCAGUGCCUCCUGUCACCCCUCACGAGUUUGCAUCCUGGUACGAUCCGCUAGACUUUUUUAGCGCCGAUCGAGCGCGGAUUUCCAAGGCCGUGCAUGCGCUGUGCAUCGACUGGGCCAGCGCGCCAAAAAACAACUUCUCCGUGAUGUGCAAUGGACGCAAGCUAGAUUUUGAAGCGCAGGACAAACGUCUACUAUGUGCUUCGUUGCAUUCUACAGAGAAAGACUUGCUAGAAACACUGGCACUUGCUGUGACUGACUCUUUGUGCUCCCCGCAAAACCAAUCCAUUCUCUCCAACAUUGUCGCGCAGCAGGCUCGGCUGGACGGGCCUGGGAUCGAGGAAUUGGCGCGGCGAUGGGAGGCGCUGACAGGCGCUUCUCUGCAGGACGGGCCGGAAGAUUGCUCGCGAACUGUGCUGCCGCUUUCCCCACCGCCAUUGCAGGACUAUGUGAAUGCAGUGCGCAAAAACCCUGCAAUGCACAUAGCCACGUUGGACGAACUGUAUACCACAGUUAUUUUGUACAUGAUUGGCGCUACGAUCAAAGAUGCAAGUAUAUUUUUGCGCCUCGGUGCACUGCCCGCGCUUCACCUCGUGGACUUAGAUCCCAAACCACUGACCAAAUUGCGGGGCUACGUACGCGAUGACGUGAGCAUUUCGCGCAUGUUUGGGCGCUGGGCGGCGCAGAAUGACUAA